UAAUCAAUAGAGGUUGUCUGGGUGUAGUUCCUCUUUGAACCAACAAAGAAUGACUGUUGCCUCGUAAAGAAAUUCUUUAGCAAUCAUUGACAUAAUCCUCCUCCAUUAGUGGAACUCAAGGUGAUUCCUUAUAUAAUUAUCCUGCCGCUUGCAGAUGGAUUCUAUAGAAGUGCUCCAAAUAGUCUAAAGUUUCGACUAAUUUUCGGCUAGAUGAUUUCCAAAAAAACAUAAUUUAAUAAUAUAAAAGUGUUAUUUCCCUGUUUCAUUUUAGUUAUUCUACUUUCUCUUGGCCAAUGAAUAAUGGAAACUUUCUGAAUUUAUUCUGGUAUUUAAAUUCAACUGCUUUCAUUGUUGGCCAGUUUGUGUGGUCACCAUAGGAGAUAAUGCUGUGAUCUUUUGUGUUUUGUGAUAAUAUAAUAUGCAGCUCAUUUCAUAAUAGAUCACAGCAAGAAUUUAUGCUUCUAUCUUGCAACUAAGAGUCUAAGACUUGAGGACUCUUGAAAGCUGAAAGGUAUUACUUUUUUAUCAAGAAUCUAAAUUGUUUCAUUAAGAAAACAAUGUCAGAAGAUUAAGUUCAUACAGUUUAUCUUUGUUUGUUUGUGUGCUUCACUAACAUCAUAAUGACAUUUUUUAACAACCCCAAUUUACUUGUCCUAAUUUCCUGCUUUUUCUUUCUCAUUUUGUUAUAUGCACCCAUCGAUGUUUUACAAAUAUGCACCUGUAUUAACUGUUAGAGGUCCUUAUUGUUAUGGAGCUAUGGUUAAAGUGUAAUAGAAAUGGAGAAGGUAAUUUAGGCAGGUCUUAUUUGCUUCUGUUCGUGUGUUGUUUGUGCAUUAGUUUAUUGUUAUGGUAGCUGUUGUAUUUUGAAUUUUAUGUCAUUUAGCAUAUCAAAUUAGCAUUCUCCUUUUAGUCCUCUGAAAUCUUAUUUGAAUGUCUUAUUGAUUUCAUUACAGCUUCACUUUUGACCAUUUUGAAGGAUCACACUAGAAAGAAAAGAGUGAAAAACACACCUUGUCACUGAGUGGCACAUCGGCUGCAACAACUGAUUCACUUUGUCAUUUAUCACUCUUAGAAGGUUAUUAGGCACUAGUGGUGCAAUUGUGGAAGUGGUAUCGUGAUGCACUAUCAAUGGAGGUGUUGCCUGGCUCAAGUUCCUCUUACCAGAACCCACAAAGAGUGACUACUGUAUAAAUAAGUUGUCUGCAUGUCAUUGAGCUUGUUGUCUUCUUUAUUAGCACAAGCCUGAUGGUGCUCCGUGUCCAUGAUAGCAGUUGGCUGGCUGUCAUUUUGCCAUAUUGUGAGCAGAUGAAUGGGCAACGAGGCAAAAGGUGUUGAUAAGUUGCAUGAAGCACCAUGGGAUAAGUUCAAGCACAAUCAAGUUUCGGCCACAUGGAGGAAGCAGUUAGUGGAUGGACUAUGGUCAGUCUUAAAUAGAAUUUGGAUAGCUUUUGGGCUAUAUACGGAUAAGAGUUCGCCUUAUAAGUGUGUGGGUUCCUUGUGAUUAUCCAUGUGAUGGGUUUAAAUUAUCAAUUUGAAGUCCAUGGUUUAUUGGUUGGCCGACUUGAAGUGCCGAACUACUAGGAAUGGCCCCGCUUCCCUCCUGCCACCAGUCUCUAACGCUAAGACCCUUGCCCCAACGAGCAAACUCUGCCCCAUCAUCACCUAAAAUUUGCACCAUGCUUUCAUUUCCACCUGUGUCAUAAAAUAAUAAGCCUCUGUUCCAUCCUCAAGCUGAACCACAAUUCAGUGACUUUUCCUGUUUCUUUUUACUUUCCUUUCUGCUUAUGGUUCAAAACUAUUAUGGUCUACUGCUGCUUUUUCUUUUUUUCCAAUGAAUAAUGGAAACUUUC